AUGACGCUCGACACUCGUUCCCACAUGCACCAUCACCAGCACCAGCUCAAGCAGCGCAACGUGCAGCCUGCCUCGACCAAGCGCAUCGUCAAGCGCCAGUCCGCCUCCACCAUCGACAACUCGGCACAAUGUCUCGCCGGUGGUCUCUACGUCAGCCCCGCCGGCGGUCAGCAGGUCCAGGUCACCAACGUCACCGACAUCCGUUGGGACCAGUCCUGCCUCGACAACACCGUCUCCAAGAUCGACAUUUACGUCUACUCUCCCUCCAUGCCUAACCAGUACCUCCCCAUCCACGUCUUCCAGGGUAUCCCCAAGUCUCAGCAGCUCUACGAGACCAAGCUCGACCCUCGAUGGUGGGGUCGCGAUCUCGGUCACAACUCGUCCGUCCCCGUCUCGUUCAACAUUGUCCCUUCCGGCAACGAGCCUUGGGACUCGUCUAACCCCAUGGGCCCCACCUUCAACGCCAACUACGACGUUCCCAACCAGGGCGCUGGCAAAGCUGAGUCCUUCUUUGGUAAGCUCUCCAACUCGGUCAAGACCGCAUUCCUCGAGAACGGUCACCUCACCCCUGCUGGUAAGACCGCCGCCAUCGUCUGCCCGCUCGUUGUCCUUGCUGUCGUCCUCGGUCUUGUUAUCCGUCGUCUCCACAUCAAGCGCUUCAACAAGACCGUCGACUGGGCCGAUCACAUGGACAAGCGCAUGAGCAGGAUCUCGGUAGACUGGACUACUGGUGGUGACGGUUCUGCCGGCCCCGUCCCUGGAACCCGACCCGCCUCGUUCCUCUCGCGUCCUUCGCGCGACAUGGACAUCAACGGAAACUAUGCUGGCCGUGGCGCUGGUGCUCGCGUGCCCCGCCAGAUGGAGGAUAUCACCCCGGCUUUCGCCACUGAAGACGAGAUGCGCGAGGCCAUGCCUCGAGGAAUGUCCAUGUACGAAGAGGGCAACCGCACCUCUCGUAUCUCGUUUGCCGACAACACGCGCGGUGACCGCAUCUCGCGCAUCAGCUACGCCAACUCGAGCGAUGCACACGGUCGAUCCUCGUCUCAUCUCCCGCGCGUUGGUCUGCAGGGUAACGCGCGCCGUUCUCAACUCGUCGAGUCGUACUAUGACCCGGAUGCGCCCGCUGUGCCCCAGGUGGAUUCUCGCUACCGUGCCAGCCAGGAUGCGCGUCGCUCGUCGCGCUUCUCGGACGGCCUCGUCUAUGCUGGCGCCGAUGAGAUGCGACACGCUGAGGAUGAUGAUGACGAGGUGCUCAUGAGCCCUACCCAGAACGAGGGCCCUCGCCCUCUUGGCACCCACGAUGUUGACCGCAUGCGACAGAGCCUCGACACCAACCUGCGCAACUCGAUGCUUGCCUACCCUGCGCUCAGCAUGCUUCAGUCGGGACGCGAGGGCAGCGAUGGUCACGACAUGCUUGACGGUGCCGGCCAGCAGCAGCAGCGUCGCGUUUCAAGCGGCAGCAGCCAGGACGGCUACAUCAACCACCAACACUACCAGCAAACGGUUUCGGCACAGACGGGCAUGGCACCGCCUUCCAACUUUGCGUCGCCGGACGAGGCCAUGAAGCACUAUGCUUCGCUUCGCGCUGGUGGAGCUGCGUCGGCGACGCCCAUGAACGAGGCUUCGGCGCAGAGCUCGAGGUCACUGUACACGCCCGAUGCCGCCAACCACCGAGGACACAUGAGCGUCGCCGGUUCGUCGCUCAACGAGGAAGAGGUGGUGGGCUACAACGAGAUGAUUGACCACGGCAACCAGUCGCGCUAA